AUGUCCAUCCGAGCUCUCAACCAGAACUUGCCCUCCUUGGACUCUGCCGCAAACGCAGAAGAGCAGGUCCCCUCUCGCCCUUUCUUCCCUGCCCAUGGCGCAGGUGACCAUCCUUAUCCCAACCCGUGGUCUGUAAAGUCUGGCAACGGUGAUGUCGGCCGUCCAUGCCAUCCCUACCCAUCUCCGUGGGCGCAAGCCGACGACGAAGGUCAAGAUAACGAAGCCAAUGACGAAACUGGUGACCUCACUACCCCUCGCAGGCCAUAUCCGUACCCAGGCCCCGCGGAAGGUCACCCACCAUACACCUUUCCUGGUCCCUCUGAAGGCCGAAAACCAUACCCUUUCCCGGGCUACGCUCAGCAGCCGCACACCUACCCUGGCCCUCUUCCAUGGCACCAGCCACACGCCUAUCCAGGGCCUGGGGAGGGUAGAAAGCCAUACCCUUCCCCCUGGGAUGACGACAAGACCAAGCCCUCUCCUCGCAAGCCCUACCCCUACCCUGGACCAGCCGGUGGCCACAAACCACAUCCCUAUCCGGGUGCGGUCCCGUGGAGGCAGCCCUACCCCUCCCCAUGGGAAGAGGAUGACAAGCACAAGCCGUCCGCUCCUCGUCCACCGUAUCAGUUGCCUGGUGGGUCGCAUAGCGCGGCUCCAUUCCCCCAACAACCGUACGAAUACCCAGGCAACCCUCACAGUGCGACUAAUUUCCCUCAGCCAUACCCAUUCCCUGGCGGCCAACACGGAGGACACGGUAAAGGAGGAUGGGGCGGACACGCCUCCGGCCAGCCACAUUUCGGUGGCCCUUCAUCUGCCAGGUUCGGGCGAGGGGGCUUCGAAGCUCCCCACAUGUCCCACGGCCCCUGGGUAUUCAGUCAACAAGCCCCCUUCACAUUUCCGUCCACUGGAUCCGACAAAUACAAGCCCGAAGUUGAUGUAUUCGACACCCCUGAGACAUUUCUGAUUCACGUGCCGCUUCCUGGCGCCAAGAAGGAAGAUAUCGAAGUCAACUGGGACCCGAAGGCGGUGGAACUCAGCAUCACUGGAGUGAUCAGCCGACCUGGCUCUGAGGACCUGGUCAAGACGAUUGCGCUGGAUGAGCGGAAGGUUGGAGCAUUUGAGCGCAAGGUGCGAUUGGGGAACCCAGCGAAUCCGCCCAAGGUAGAUGGGGAUGCUAUUUUGGCCAAGUUGGAGGAUGGAGUUCUUGUUGUUGAGGUGCCGAAGACGGAGCCAGAUGAUGUUGAGGUUAAGAAGGUUGAAGUUGAGUGA